AUGACGUAUGUUAUCGAUCUUAGCAUUGGUGAUGAUAGCGAAGAGAGAGCAAUUGUGGUGUACCAGUAUAUGACUCAAAGAAUGCAUAGGCUCUUCCAACCGGUGCCUCAAGAAGUAUUGACGCGAAAAAUGGUGGAAAGGCACCGAGAGGACGGAUAUGAAAGGAUGAUGCAUAACUACUUUGGACCUAAUUGUACUUGGGGCCCUAUCAAGUUCCACCAACGUUUGGGUAUGUAUCGACCUCUUUUCUUACGUAUUAUAAGUGAAAUUGUUGUUGCGGAUCCUACUUUUGAUUUCCAAGUUGAUUGCACCGGAAAACUUGGCCACUCUCCCCACAUGAAGAUGUAUGCCGUAAUGAAAUGUUUGUGUAAAGGCAUAGCCGCUGAUAGCACAGAUGAUUAUGUCCGUAUGGGAGCGCCGAUCGUCUACAUGUAUGUGAAGAGGUUUACUAGGGUAAUCGUUCUGCACUUUGGUUCAAGGUAUAUGCGACUUCCUACAAGAGAAGACACGGAAAGAUUAUUAGCAGAAAAUAUGGCUAGAGGAUUUCCUGGAUUGCUAGGGAGUGUUGAUUGGUCGAACAACGACUUGAAUGUCUUGGCUCAGUCUCCACUUUUUGAUAAGAUGGUUAAUGGUUUAGCAGCUCCUUGUAAUUACCGCAUCAAUGUCCACAGCUACAACAAGGGUUACUACUUGGCGGAUAAUAUAUAUCCCCGAUUGUCUUGUAUCGUGCAGUUAUUCAAAAUUCUCCUUCCAAAUCAGCAUGUUACUGGAAUACCCAGAUCAUACAACGAGUUGAGGAAUGAUGAAGCGUAUCUUGAACUCCGCAAUGAUCUUGUUCAACACAUUUGGACACGACAUGGACUAGGUCUCAUAGAUGGUGAAAUGCUACCGGAAUCUCCUCCUCCGCCACCUGACGGAUCGGAUGGUGAAUUCGAUCCAACCGAUGUUUACCCACCACAACAACAACUUUAG